GGACCAAUCCCCAUUUAGAAUCUUCUCUCUUCUUGCGUAAUAGCUGCUAUUACGAUUCUUCUGGAAAUCAUUCAAAUUGAAGCUUUAUGCUUCUUCAUAUUUCUCGUCAUACACCAAUUUGAUGCAAAACGAAGAAAAACAUCCCGAGGAAUUUGCUACUAGUAAUGCCAGAGAUCUUACGUAGCGAAAGCAGUUCAUCAUCAUCCGCCACCAUAACCACCGCCGGAACCUCCGCCGGAUCUACUACCGGAGAUUUUAAGCUGAACCUUUUCGGUAAAUAUGAAGUCGGAAAACUCCUCGGAUGCGGCGCAUUUGCGAAGGUUUAUCAUGCUAGGGACAUUAGAACGAGACAAAGCGUCGCCAUCAAAACGAUAAGCAAGCAGAAGGUAUUGAAAGGUGGAUUUACGGAGCAUGUUAAGAGAGAGAUUUCUAUUAUGCGCAGGUUGCGUCAUCCUCAUAUCGUGCGCCUUCAUGAAGUUCUUGCAACGAAGACGAAGAUCUAUUACGUUAUGGAAUUUGCGAAAGGUGGAGAGCUGUUCACUAAGGUAACCAAAGGUAGAUUUAGCGAAGAUCUCAGCCGUCGAUAUUUUCAACAAUUGAUCUCCGCCGUUGAUUAUUGUCAUUCUCGUGGUGUAUAUCACCGUGAUCUGAAACUGGAGAAUCUGCUGUUAGAUGAAAAUUGGGAUCUCAAGGUUACCGAUUUCGGGUUGAGUGCAGUAACAGAUCAGAUCCGACCCGAUGGAUCUCUCCAUACGCUUUGUGGUACUCCAGCUUACGUUGCUCCUGAAAUCCUCGAGAAGAAGGGAUACAGUGGAGCUAAAGUCGAUUUAUGGUCCUGCGGGAUCAUACUUUUUGUGCUGAAUGCAGGUUAUUUACCAUUUACCGAUUCAAAUUUAAUGACGAUGUACAGGAAGAUUUACAAAGGCGAGUUUCGUUGCCCUAAAUGGACCUCACUCGGAUUGAAAAUGUUGCUGACUCGUCUCCUUGACACGAAUCCUGAGACUCGAAUAUCCAUUGAAGAGAUUAGAAAUGAUCCGUGGUUUAAGAAGGGUUACAAAGAGGUGAAAUCGCAUCUAGGUGAUGAAUUUGAGCUAAAAAAUGGAUCGGAUGUAAAUCGCGAUGGCAAAUUUCUCAACGCGUUUCAUAUUAUCUCAUUAUCCUCAGGUGUUAAUCUGUCUGGAUUGUUGAAGUGUUUAGGAGGUAAAGACACUGUGGAUGUUGAGAGAUUUGUUUCAGCAGCGUCACCAGAGAGAAUAACGCAGAGGAUUGAAGAGGUGGCGAAGGCGGAAGGGAUGAGAGUUACUGGAAAAAAUGGCGCAGACGUGAGAGUUGAAGGGCGAAAUGGGAAAUUUGUUUUAGUAACGGAGAUCAACCAGUUAACGGAGAAAGUGGUGAUUGUAGAAGUUAAAAGAAAUGAGAUUGGUGUUGGACCUGAUAGAGAAAUAUGGAAACAGAAAUUUAAGCCAGAGUUAAGUGAAUUCUUUUUAUGAACGGAACAGUAUAGGAUGGGCUGGACAGGUUCCCGGUAGCUAAAGAGGAAUGAGUUCAUUACGUUGGAAUUAGCUGCUCGACUGACUAGAGCUUAAAAGGAGAAAGGGAUAUGGCUCUAGUUGUUGAAUACCCUGAGAAAUGUCUACGCACGUAAUUGCGGCAGGAGUUAUUCCUUUGUUCUCGAGUUUGCCUGCAUUCUCUAUUGGCACAAAAUGUGUUGAUAUUGCAAAAGGCACGAUGAGUUAUUUGAAGCUACUCGACCGACUAAAAUUGAAAGGGAAAAAGGAUAUGACUGUUGUUGAGUACUUUGAUGAAUGUGUAUCGAGACGAUGAUGAUGAUGUUCGGACUAGUUUCUGCACAUAUCGGAGCAAGAAGAGAAGAACUUACUACAUUUUUGCAAAUAUGAAUUCAACUACCAAGUCAGGUUUGGCAAAACCUGUUUUACACCUAUUAUUAUGUGAAGAGUUAUUAAGCAUAAUGUAUACAAUACAUAUCAUAGUAUUGUAUUGUAUUUUUGUACUCUCUGCAAACAUAGUAAAAAUACUGGGUUAUGUAUAUAAUUUUUCUUGGCC